UUUAAAAAAAUAAAAAGAUAAUGAAAAACCAAAAAUAAUGCCAAACAAGCCUUCAAAGUUAGUUUUUGCUCUUCGUAUGAUGUUAAAAUAAAAACAAUAACCAAAUCAGAAUAAAUACUCAUGGUUGUACAGUACCCGAAUGCAUAUAACAAUCUCUCUCCGUAGACCAAGUUAUAAUGACUUAUGCUGAAAUUACCUAUUUACCCCACAUGCAACUAAAAGGACGCCAGCCACUUGUGUUUUAGCCAACCUCGACCUAUCUGUCCUCCUACUCUCUCUCUCUCUCUCUCUCUCUCUCAUUUUCCCAUUGAAGCGCACCCCACGAUCUCCAUUGAUAUCUCUAUCUUCCACAUUGAAGCAGCUUCCAAGGUAUAAGAUAGACAAAAAACGCCAGGAUGGUUGCCCAGGGAUUCACAGUGGAUUUAAAUAAACCACUUGUUUUUCAGGUUGGUCACCUUGGCGAAUCUUAUGAGGAAUGGGUACACCAACCAAUUGUUAGUAAGGAAGGCCCUCGUUUCUUUGAAAGUGAUUUUUGGGAGUUUCUAACCCUCACUGUGUGGUGGGCUAUUCCAACUAUCUGGCUUCCAGUUGUGUGUUGGUGCAUCUCCAUGUCUAUACGGAUGGGUCACACUCUUCCUGAGAUAGGGCUGAUGGUGAUUUUUGGUAUUUUUGUGUGGACAUUUAUUGAAUACACUUUACAUCGUUUCCUCUUCCACAUCAAAACAAAGAGCUAUUGGGGUAACACUAUCCAUUAUCUUAUUCACGGCUGUCAUCACAAGCACCCUAUGGAUGGCCUGCGUCUUGUUUUCCCUCCUGCUGCAACAGCGGUCCUAUGUUUUCCGUUUUGGAAUUUGGUCAGGAUCUUCGCAACACCAUCCACUACCCCUGCCCUUUUUGGAGGUGGCUUAUUGGGAUAUGUGAUGUAUGAUGUCACUCACUACUAUCUACAUCACGGGCAGCCAUCUAAUGACGUACCAAAGCAUCUAAAGAGAUAUCACUUGAAUCAUCACUUCCGCAUUCAAGACAAGGGCUUUGGCAUAACUUCGUCAAUGUGGGAUAAAGUAUUUGGAACACUGCCGCUUCAAAAAACAACUCAAGAAUGUAAAUAAACAUGAUCACUCGUACCAUUGUUCUUCCAUCUUCUUCACACUGAAUCUAGUUUUUCUAGGAAAAAAGUUUUGAUGUCUUGUGCUCAUGUUUGUAUAAACGACUAAGGACUGACGUAUUAUCAUUAUUUAUUUAUUGAAAAGAAAAAAAAAAACAAAUUAUGUUCUAUUACGCUACGUAAUCUCAAAUAUUUUGGUGGUAGAAUCUCCUAGUUGGGAUGCUGAAUGAUUGUAUUUAGGAGAAAGUGUAGAUCAAAUUAGCGAGUAGUUUGUAUUUUUAAAAUGCCUUUUGAUUUUGAUUGGAGAAAAUUUUGCCUUGCUCAA